GAAUGAUUGAGAACGAAUAUGCGCUUAUUCUCUAAAACGGCACAAUACAUGCAAAAUUCUUGAUAAUUGUAUACGCGAUGACCUUUUUGGGAUAUGAAAUCCUAGCGUCGUAAAGAUGAUGAGUGGAGCGACGAGGAGAAGUCAACUGUAAACAAAAAGAGAAACAAUCUAAGACAAGCAGCCAGUGAUCAGGACGAUGAGGAAGAAAUUUUAGCUCCCGUAAAGAAAGUUAAUAAAAAAUCCGGAAAAAAAAAUUAAAAAAGAUGACUGGAGUGAUGAAGAGGAAGGUGAAGAUGAGGAACCACAACAGCAGAGAAAAGCGAAGAAAAACGCGCGACGUAAUAUGAGUGAUGAUGAUGAUGAUGUCGCUAAAAAUGAUGAGGAUGAACAAUCUAUCACAACCAAGCCAGUGGCGAAAAAACAGCAGCAAAAAAAAUCGAAAAGAAAUAAAAAGAAAGAUAAUUUCAGUGAAGAUGAAGACGAUAUUGGAAAUAUUUUAAAAAAAAGUACAAGAAGAUGGCCGCCAAGACAAGACGAGGACGAUGGCGAGGACGAAGACGAAGAAAUGCCUAUUAUUACUCAGCUAGCUGCCAAGAAACAACAAAAGAAAAUGCAGCAACAACAAAAAAAUAGCAAAUUUGAAUUCAGCGAUCAUGAAGAAGAAGACGAAGAAGCUGAAAUCCUUGAACAAGAAUUAGCUAACUUGGAAAUAGAAGAAAAACUAGCGUUAGACGAGAGCGAUAAGAAUGAUUCAGUUUUAGAAAAUCAACUAAAUGAAGAUAAUGAGAGAAAGUUGAUAUCGGAAAAAUCGGAGGAUGAAAAAGAAAAACCAGCGGCUGAAACAGAAGAAGACAAGUUGAAGGAAAAGAAGCUCACGCAUAAAGAAAAGAAAAAACAAAAGAAACAGCAGGAGUAUGAAAAACAAAUGGAAAUGUUAACUAAAAAAGGCGGCUCUGGGCAUUCUGAGCUAGACAGCAAUUUUACUAUGUCUCAAGUGCAGAAAAGUGCAGGCCAAAAAGCCCAACUUGAGCACGCUGUGGACAUUAAAAUUGAGAAUUUUACCAUACCAGCUAAAGGUAAUGAUCUGUUUGUUAAUGCCAAUUUACUAAUCGCUCAUGGCCGCCGUUAUGGUCUGGUGGGUCCGAAUGGACAUAGAAAAACUACUUUGUUGCGUCAUAUAGCCAUGCGUGCCUUCGCAAUACCGCCCAGCAUAGACGUUUUGUUAUGCGAGCAAGAAGUUGUAGCAACAGACAAAACUGCUGUGGAAACCAUUUUAGAGGCCGAUGUUAAACGACGUGACUUAUUAAAUAAAUGUCAAAAGUUGGAAGAGCAAUUUGCGUCCGGAGAUAUGAGCAUCCAAGAGGAAUUGAAUGAUACUUUUAAUGAAUUAAAAGCAAUUGGCGCUUACUCAGCUGAAGCCAGAGCACGUCGUAUCCUUGCAGGUUUAGGUUUUAAUGAAGAAAUGCAAAAUCGGGCCACUAACAAGUUUUCCGGCGGUUGGCGAAUGUGCGUUUCUCUAGCAAGAGCUUUGUAUCUUGAGCCCACUCUCUUAAUGCUGGAUGAGCCAACUAAUCACUUAGAUUUGAAUGCUGUUAUUUGGUUGGAUAAUUAUCUGCAAGGUUGGAAAAAGACUUUUUUGGUCGUACAAUAAU